AUGGAACAGCUCAACCAGCUGUGGGUGCUGACGGACCAGGCUCAUGCCUGGUCGGCGCAAAUGGUUGUGGCUAGUCAUGAGGCUUGGUUGUGGACUGAAGAUCAAAUGCAACGCCAUUUGCCGCCCGAGUUUGCCGAGGAGGUUCGCGCCGCCCUCCUGAGCACUGCCGAGUGUUUGCGCCUCUGGGCCAUCGUGGGCUGGUCCAUGACUCGAACGGUUGCCUCGCUGGCCCACGAACACCCGUUUUGGUUUGGGGGUGUCCUGGCCGCCAUUGUGACUUUGCUUGCCGUGCGUUGGGCCGUGCGCUGGCUGUACUACAAAAUACAGCAACAUGUUGUACGUCUUGAGCAACGGCUCCGUCACUGGCAGCACCGCACCAUGCAGACAUCUUCCCGGGCUUGGCGCUGGAUUAUCUGUGUCAUGCCCCACAUCAUUUUCACGUCCUUAUUCAGCCUUGCGCUCCUGUCUCCACACUCUCGCCGCUUUCUGGACGACACUCGCACUCUGUUUACACUCGGUGUCAUUAUACCGAUCUGCCUCUCGCUUGCAACGCUGCUACCUCUGGAAUUGGAUGACGGCUCCAAUGAUGCAGCUGAGGACGCAAACGAUCGACCUGCCGCGGCACGAAAGCACCAGUCUAUGGGUGCGCCGCAGCGUGAAAUCUUAAAUUUGGCGCGUCGCUCCUGGGUCAGCUACUGGAGCGCCUUGGCACUUCUAUUCACCAUGACGCAGCCACCCUUUGUCGUUUCCUUGCUGCCCAUGAUCCCGCUUGCCACGGCCGCGUCGUCCGGAAUCGUUCUGUGGCUCUGGCUACCCUUUGUGCAUGGCUGUGAGGUGGUAGCAGAUGGGUGGCACUGGGUCUUGCGAACAGCUCUGCCCUUGCUGGCAACCCGACAAGAGGCGCUGACCACGCAGACUGGCAUGAUCACCAACAUAGUCGUCCCGGCGAUCAAAGGCAGCCUGCCCGCUGCCGUGCAGAAUUUUGUGGAGCCAAUCGUCCAGGGCGGGCUAGUGGUUGUCGUGGCAAUACCCUUUUUCUUUUCACCGCGCUUCAUCCAACAUUUUGGCUGUGCGCUUGUCGGUGCUCUUGUGCCCGCAUACAAGGCGCUUGACAUCCUCGGUCGCCCUUCUUUAUUGAAGCCUCAAGGUCAAGAUACCCGCACACCGGCUCCCAUGUCUGAACCCAUGUCGGCCUUGAUCCUACACUGGCUGCAAUACUGGGUGGCGGCGGUCCUGUUUUAUGCCGCGCACGAGUUUUUAGAGGGACCGUUGUCUGCUCUCCCGUUUUGGUAUGAUGCGGAGAUUGUGGCGUACCUAUGGCUGCAGCUGCCGUACUACCGUGGAGCAGAGUUGGUUACCAGCACGCUUGUCCAGAUUCGUCCCGUGCAGCACGUCUUGCUACCGUUCUCCCCCGUGCGCAGUGUUCAGCGAAUCAGACUUGGCACUGCCCAACCCCGUCCUGGCAGCCGGUUGUCUGGUGCGACGCUGGGCGCCAGUCCUUCGCUGGGGCAGCAUACGGUCCGCCGUCGACUUCUUGCUCAAAAGCCUGACCUCGGCCCAUCAACGCCUUUGCGCCAAUCUCUCACAUCGUCCACCAAGCCCAGAACCCAGGCCGCACCUGCACCCCAACUAGACCUGAGCGAAGAGAACGACCCACCAGCUACAGCUAAAGAAGAGUGAACUGGCUAUCCACCUGACUAUGUGAUCCUGUUGUUGCGUUUCGAGAAUAUUACAAUCACCCUCUCCUCAA